CUGCGGGGAGAAGACUGCUGAUGAGAAAGAGCUUCACACCAUCACGUUAACAGCUGUUACGGAUGACAGAGGCAGUUUGACUACAGUACCAUCGGCUGUUACGGAUGACAGAGGCAGUUUGACUACAGUACCAUCGGCUGUUACGGAUGACAGAGGCAGUUUGACUACAGUACCAUCGGCUGUUACGGAUGACAGAGGCAGUUUAACUAUAGUACCAUCGGCUGUUACGGAUGACAGAGGCAGUUUGACUACAGUACCAUCGGCUGUUACGGAUGACAGAGGCAGUUUGACUAUAGUACCAUCGGCUGUUACGGAUGACAGAGGCAGUUUGACUACAGUACCAUCGGCUGUUACGGAUGACAGAGGCAGUUUGACUACAGUACCAUCGGCUGUUACGGAUGACAGAGGCAGUUUGACUACAGUACCAUCGGCUGUUACGGAUGACAGAGGCAGUUUGACUACAGUACCAUCGGCUGUUACGGAUGACAGAGGCAGUUUGACUACAGUACCAUCGGCUGUUACGGAUGACAGAGGCAGUUUGACUACGGAUGACAGCGGCAGUUUGACUACGGAUGACAGCGGCAGUUUGACUAUGGAUGACAGAGGCAGUUUGACUACAGUACCAUCGGCUGUUAUGGAUGACAGAGGCAGUUUGACUAUAGUACCAUCGGCUGUUACGGAUGACAGCGGCAGUUUGACUACGGAUGACAGAGGCAGUUUGACUACGGUACCAUCGGCUGUUAUGGAUGACAGAGGCAGUUUGACUACGGAUGACGGAGGCAGUUUGACUAUAGUACCAUCGGCUGUUAUGGAUGACAGAGGCAGUUUGACUAUAGUACCAUCGGCUGUUACGGAUGACAGCGGCAGUUUGACUACGGAUGACAGAGGCAGUUUGACUACGGAUGACAGAGGCAGUUUGACUACGGAUGACAGAGGCAGUUUGACUACGGAUGACAGAGGCAGUUUGACUACGGAUGACAGAGGCAGUUUGACUACGGAUGACAGAGGCAGUUUGACUACAGUACCAUCGGUUGCGGCUAAGAGCUCGGCACAGAGCUCUCAGGUCUGUUUCACCUCUCUGAAACCUCUCCCAGCCAACGUCCCCAACUGGGCCCUGAGGCUUCAUAAUGCUGAGAGGAUAGGUGACUCAUACCGUGGCUACUGUAACACCGACACAGAGCUGGAGACCAUCCUCCUGCUCCACAAGCAGCAGACCAACAGUGUGUUUGGGACACGCCAGUCCCCCUCCCCUGCCAAGCCUGCCAGCCGUCUGAUGUGGAAGUCCCAAUACGUACCUUACGAUGGCGUCCCUUUUGUCAAUGCAGGUAUACAGUCACAGUACUGGUUCAGUAGCCUACGAUUAUCAGACUAG